AUGGGACGCACCAAAGAGGAUGCCUCGAUUGGCAUUAUUGGCAUGGGCGAUAUGGGCAAGAUGUAUGCCCAGCGCCUGAGUGAUGCUGGCUGGAGACCUGAGAAUUAUGAAUCUCUCCAACAAGAGUUCGCUUCUCAACAAGGAGUCACCAUAUUCCCGAAUGGCCAUCUCGUUUCCAGACUUAGCGAUUUUAUCAUUUACAGUGUAGAGGCCGGCGUUAUCGACCGUGUCGUGGCACAGUAUGGGCCCUCUACCAAGGUCGGCGCGAUCGUCGGUGGUCAAACGUCCUGCAAGGCCCCGGAACUUGCAGCAUUUGAAAAGCACCUGCCGCAGGAUGUAGAGAUCGUAUCAUGCCAUUCGCUGCACGGGCCCAAGGUCAACCCGAAAGGACAGCCACUGGUCCUGAUCCAACACCGUGCCUCCAAUGAAAGCCUUCAAUUCGUCGAUCGGAUCCUCUCCUCCUUUGGUUCGAAGCAUGUCUAUCUCACCGGUGAGAUGCACGAUCGUAUCACCGCCGAUACCCAGGCAGUUACCCAUGCUGCUUUUCUGAGUAUGGGAACUGCAUGGCAGGCAAACGAUCAGUUUCCCUGGGAGCACUCACGGUGGGUUGGUGGCAUUGAGAAUGUCAAGAUCAACAUCACCUUGCGCAUUUACUCCAACAAAUGGCACGUCUACGCCGGCCUUGCCAUCCUCAACCCUGCCGCCAAGCAACAGAUUCGCCAGUAUGCCGAAUCAGUUACCGAACUAUACAAGCUCAUGAUCAGUGGUGACCGGGCAGAACUCAAGCGGAGGGUAAAGGCUGCCGGUGCCUCCGUUUUCAGGGAGGGCACGACCAGUCAGGAUCUUCUAUUGAAGGAUGAGGUGCUCGAUCAGUUCUCUCUAUCCAACAAGUCCCGCGAGAAGGCUCCCCCGAACAGCCAUCUGAGUCUGCUCGCCAUUGUCGACUGCUGGUCCAAGCUUGGCAUCGUUCCCUACGAUCAUAUGAUCUGUUCAACGCCGCUGUUCCGCCUGUGGCUGGGUGUGACUGAAUACUUAUUCCGCAACCCUGAGCUUCUCGACGAAGCGUUGGACACUGCGAUAGACGACCACAACUUCCGUUCAGACGAUCUAGAGUUUACCUUUGCUGCGCGUGCAUGGUCUGAUUGCGUCUCCUUCGGUGAUUUUGAGUCCUACCGUGAUCGCUUCGAGCGGAUUGCAUCGUACUUCGCCCCUCGCUUUGCUGAGGCCUCGAAGCUUGGAAACGAAAUGAUGAAGACGAUCCUGGAGAAGACAACCAACAAACCUUGA